AUGGCCGACGACCUCGACUCCAUCGUCAAGGGCGCGCCCGUCGCCGCCCCCGACAUCAAGCCCGCGCCCGGCCCGACGCCCAUCCAGCCCAUCACGUCCAAGCAGGGCGACCCCCUCAACAGCGCGCCGAGCUCUCCCUCCAUGGUCUACCUGAACCUUCUCAUCCUCGAAGCUUCACUGCGGGCCCAAUUCCUUGAGCUGCGCGCCCGCCGCCGCCACCACACCUUCUUCCUCGCCCUGCUCACUGCCUGGGUCGCUUUCUUCGGCUACAAGCUUUACUUUGCGCCCCGCGAGGACGGCAGGGGCGUGGGUGGCUCCAUCUACUGGGCUGUCGAGGGUGCCCAGAGGGUCUGCUUCAUGGGCGGCAUCAUCACUGCCAUACUAGUCUGGGCAACGGGCAUCUGGGACCGCGGAAUCCGGUGGCCACGCCGCUGGUUCGCCAUCUCCAAUCGGGGCCUCCGCGGCUUCAACUGCAAGCUCGUCAUCAUACGGCGGCCCUGGUGGGCCGAGGCUCUUUCCACCAUCGGCUUCUUCCUCACUUACGGACUCUUCUCGCACACGGCCUCUUCCUCGUACCGACAUGUCGAUCCGUCUCUGCUGCGCGAGACGGAAAAGGAGCUGCAGCUCUCCGCCGAUACCCACCCGACCCUGGUCCUGCCGCACGAGGACGAGGAGCGGGGCGGCCACGAAGAGGACCUGGCCCCUGGCGGCGACUACGUCAAGCUUCUCCUGCUGGCCAAGCCAUUCUCCCCGACUUUUCGCGAGAACUGGGAGCUAUACCGGACCGAGUACUGGGAGAGGGAGAACGAGCGCCGAGCCAUACUGCGCAGAAAGGUCAAAGAGCACGACCGCAAGGUGGCCAAGCAGUCGCACGGCUGGCUCUGGUGGCUUCCCUGGCAGCAAACGCAGCCCGUGGCGCGACCGCACAAGUCUCACCUUAGCCGAGCUUCGGUGAGCGAAAAGGCCCGCCGCCGCCGCAACAGUAGCAACGCGCGCCGACCGUCCAUCAGCUCAGCGCGGGGCCAGACCCCAUCAUUCGAGGGUGUCGAGGAGCUGCAGAUGAGCCGCCGGCCGAGCUCCGCAUCGACCGGCUCGGACAAGCGCCGCAGAAAGCCCGGUUCCGUGUCCAAGGCCAAGCGGCCCGGCACCGAAUCACGCUCUGUAACGCCCGAGAUUCCGUCACCACUCACACGCGAGAGCACGCCGGCCGGUGGUGACGGCGCGGGCGACACGGGGAGGGUGCUGCGAAGCGCGGGAGCCAAGGCCAGGGACAAGGAAAAGGAGAAGGAGAAGGAUAAAGAAAAGGGCGGCAGCGACUAG